AUGAAGGUGUUCCGAGACGCACGAUCUCGGCUUGUACAACUCGCGGGCUACAAGCAUCUCCGCCCAGGCGUCGUCGCCAUCCUCGUCCGCUGCUACAAGGACUUGCCGACCGCGCUCCCCGCAGGGUGCAUCGCCGCCGGGAUGCUCGAGCGCGAGCACGCGCCGACUACUUUAUCGUUGAGCACGAUACAAGACCCCCGUAGGGCCGCCCGACGGGAGCGUCGUAGGGAUAGCAGGGUGCGCCGCGUCAAGGAUCUCUCUUUCUCUUUGUCCUUAGCGCGGAAACCUCGGCACGCAUGGCCCGACGUCCCGCGACCCCCGAUCGCCAUCGCCAAAGCCGUGUUCGCCCAGGACGUUCUUCCGGAAAGCUUGCAGCGCAUAUGA